AUGCUGAUAUUGAUGUGUUUUAUGGUGUUUCGAUUUGUUUCGGGUGCUUUUCAAUGUUCUUCAGGUAAGGCAAUAUGUUGUAGUAGGCAUUAUAAUCUCUUUUAGGUGUUUUAUAUCUUUAAAAAUGUGUAUCUUAAAUGUGAUACGUUUAAAUGAUAUUAUAAAAUACGUUCAGGCAGUUAUGCCAUUCUUUACAAGUUAUAUCUUUGUAGAAAACGAGUAUACAGUACAUCAAAACUCAGUAGCACCUUCCUUCCGAGCUCGGGAGAAGAUGUUUCUGUUUGAAUGGCCGUGUGAGUGUGAGUACGAUUGGCGGGAUAUGUUCUGUGCACGGUUGAACGUGUACAAACAAUUAACCAUGCAACAGUCUCCUUCCGUGUGCAUUUGCAGGUAAAUACCUUUUAUAAUAUACAUUGUUGAUGCUUUAAAUUGCAGGAAGAUGAACGAGAAGAAGGACUGUUCGCAGUUUCUGACACGAUGCUUUCCUUCAGCCAAGAAACGGGUAAACGAGUAAGUUCAAAGUUUACUUCUCCCAACAUAACACUGACAAAUACAGAAUUGUAAAUACAGAAUACCUAACUAUCUUUGACUGAUUUCAGCUGUUCCUGUUGUUUGAAACAGCCGGACGAGUACUGUCGUCAACUAGACUGCAAGAAUAUGAAGCCUGACUUUGGGGACACUGCCAAUGUUUCUUGUUUGUGCUACACUCAAGACAACUACCCUGAAUUCUUGUGUGGUCAGACCAAGAAGUCCACCAGGGAGAACAUGUACAGACAAAAACAGCUGGCCAAUUGGCCGUAUCCCGAACGGAUAACCUUUGCCGUAGCUACAGAAUCGACUAAAGAAGCCAAGCCGUCAAGGUUGGAUUCUGUGCAGAAAGGGCACGAUAAUCCUCUUCUGAUUCCCUUGACGAUUGCCGGCGUUGUGGCGGUGUUAUUUGUCCUCAUCUUCGUGGUAAUUGUUGUUUUCAUCCAUCGUACGAGUCACCGACCGGUCGACUUUGAGCCAGUCGAUAUUAAGCCCUCAGUCCCCGUAGAAUCCAGGAUGAGACAUAUGAACGGGGACAAACUGAACGUGAUCGACGAGACCGAACUUCAUCCCCUCAACUCGAAACAAACCGAACCUCCGAAAGUUUUUGUAUGA